CUUUGGGCAACGAUGAAGGGCCUCAUCUUGGUGGGCGGGUUCGGCACGCGACUGCGGCCACUAACGCUGUCGUAUCCGACCCCACUGGUGGACUUCUGCAACAAGCCCCUAGUGCGCCAUCAGAUUGAAGCUCUGGCGUCUGUCGGCGUUGACGAAGUCAUCCUGGCCAUCAACUACCAGCCCACAGCGAUGCUGGCUGCGUUGGCCACCAUGUCGCAAGAGAUUGGCAUUCGCAUCACGUGUUCUCACGAGACCGAGCCAUUGGGCACAGCUGGUCCUCUUGCGCUGGCCCGCGCGCACUUGGAGGUGCAUCCCGACGACCCGUUCUUCGUCAUCAACAGCGACGUGAUGGCCGACAUGACUGUACUGCCGGAAGCCCUCGCGUUCCACCAAAGCCACGGCGGAGAAGGAACUAUUCUCAUUACAAAGGUCGAAGAGCCGAGCGAAUAUGGAGUCGUGGUCACCGACCCCGAAGGGUCUGGUCAGGUCGACCGAUUCAUUGAGAAGCCCAAGGAAUUUGUUGGCAAUCACGUCAACGCCGGCAUUUACAUCUUGAAUCGCGACGUGUUGGAUCGCAUCGAGCUCCGACCUACGUCCAUGGAGCAAGAGGUCUUUCCGCAGAUGGCAGCAGAAGGCAACCUAUUUGCGAUGCUCAUGCCUGGAUACUGGCAAGAUGUUGGCGAGCCCAAGAACUUUCUCUCAGGCAUGUGUCGGCAUCUGCAGUUUCUGCACUCCCACAACUUGUUGCAGUCGGCCCAUGGUGGCACUACAGUUGGUUUUGUAUUGGUGGUAACGUUACUGCAAAUAGUGUCAUAUUCGCAGGAUAUAUGGACAUAUAUAUAUAUAUACAUAGGACCCCACGGCGACCAUUGGUGAAGGUUGCUUGAUUGGCCCAGAUGUGGUGAUUGGCGCCGGUUGUGUCAUUGAAGACGGUGUGGGGUUAUUCAUGUGUUGAAUAGACCCUUAAGUGCCAUUUUGUUUGGUAGGGGUGCGAUUGAGUCGCACGACGUUGUUGCGGGACGUGACCGUGCGAUCCAACAGUUGGAUUCACAACAGUAUCAUUGGGUGGGGGUCGACGAUUGGCCGAUGGUGCCGCGUGGAAGGACUGACGGUGCUGGGCGAAGACGUGCAAGUAAAAGAUGAAAAGUUCAUCAACGGCGGGCUCGUCUUACCGCAUAAGGCGAUUUCCACAAACAUUCCCGACCCAGGCACCAUUGUCAUGUGAACCAAAUUAAGUGUCGUUGUUGACUUUGUGAAUCAAUACAAGUUGGUGUCGUUA